GUUAUAGCAGACUGAUGAUCCAGCUGCUGUGCGUGUGUGUGUGCGCUGACAUGGAUACAACUGGCGUUUACUGUUGAAACUGGACACAUUACAGUGUUACGGUGACACUGGGGGGCUUCAGAGAGCGAUAAAACUUCUUCCACGGCCGCACUCAUGUGAUUUCCCCUUGUUUGAGCCAUGUCCAAGAGCCUGAAGAAGAGGAAGAACCACUGGACUAACAAAGUCCAUGAGAGUGUCCUUUGCAGGAAUGAGGAGGGGGAGCUGGGGCUGGAGUUGCAGGGCGGCGCUGAGAAUGGACAGUUCCCGGUUAUCGGCGAGCUUCUCCCGGGCAGAGCGGUGUGCCACAGCGGUAAACUCUUCCAGGAUGAACUCCUGCUGGAAGUCAACGAUACCCCGGUGGCUGGACUCACCACCAGGGACGUCCAUGCUGUGGUCAAACACAGCAAAGACCCCGUCCGACUCAAGUGUGUUAAACAAGGGGGCGUGAUAGACAAGGACCUGCGCCACUACCUCAACCUGCGCUUCCAGAAAGGCUCGGUGGACCACGAGCUGCAGCAGAUCAUCCGGGACAACCUCUACCUCCGCACCGUCCCCUGCACAACCAGGCAGCCCAAGGAGGGAGAGGUCCCAGGGGUGGAUUAUAAUUUUGUGACCGUUGACCGGUUUAUGGAAUUGGAGAAAAGUGGAGCCCUGCUAGAGAGCGGAACAUAUGAAGAUAACUUUUACGGCACCCCGAAGCCUCCGGCCGAGCCCAGCGCUCUGCUACUAAAUGUAACGGACCAGCUGCUCCCGGGUGCCAGACCCAGCUCUGAGGGCAAGAGGAAGCGUAACAAGUCGGUCAGCAACAUGGAGAAAGCCAGCAUCGAGCCCCCCGAGGAGGAGGAGGAGGAGAGACCCGUCGUCAACGGCAACGGCGUUGCUGUCACCCCAGAGUCGAGCGAGCAUGAGGACAAGAGCACAGACGCUUCGGGGGACAUCGCCCCGCAGAGCAACCCAGCAGAGGCUACCACUGAGGCGCACAAAGACGACGGACAGUCCCCAAAGACUACAGUACCCAAACCGGAGGAGAACGACGAGCUAGGGCCCCUGCCAGACAACUGGGAGAUGGCUUACACAGAGAAAGGAGAGGUCUACUUCAUAGACCACAACACCAAGACAACAUCGUGGCUGGACCCGAGGCUAGCCAAGAAGGCAAAGCCGCCCGAGGAAUGCAAAGAGGAUGAGCUUCCGUACGGCUGGGAGAAAAUCGAUGACCCCAUUUACGGCAGCUACUAUGUCGAUCAUAUAAAUAGAAGGACCCAGUUUGAGAACCCAGUCCUGGAGGCUAAGAGGAGACUCCAGCAGCAGCAGCAGAUGCAAAGCCAGGGUCUGUCCUCACUGCCCCUUCCCACCAUCUACAGAGAGAAGCCGCUGUUCACGCGGGACCCCACUCAGCUGAAAGGCAGUUUCUUGUCCACGUCACUCCAAAAGAGCAACAUGGGCUUCGGCUUCACUAUUAUCGGAGGCGACGAGCCCGACGAAUUCCUCCAGGUCAAGAGUGUCAUCCCCGAUGGGCCUGCUGCAGCUGACGGAAAGAUGGCCACAGGUGAUGUCAUUGUCUACAUCAACGACGUGUGCGUCCUGGGCACCACCCACGCCGAUGUGGUUAAGCUCUUUCAGUCGGUGCCCAUCGGCCAAAGCGUGACGCUCGUCCUGUGCCGCGGCUACCCUUUGCCCUACGACCCGGAGGAAGCCGCCAACACCAACAACAACACCACCACCACCAUCAUCUCCCCGCUGGGCAUCAUGGAGCAGCGACCCAUCAUGGUGAACGGCAGGACGGGCUACGACAACUACCUGGACUAUCUCUCCCGCACGGCGCGCUUCGUCACGGACCCCGGUCAGGACCAGGUCGGUGCGCAGCAGCAGCUGCUCCCGCCUCACCCGGGCGACACCCACUUAGAUGGAUCCCUUCCUCCCACCACCGGCACCACGCCUCCUGACAGCGUUUCCAUGGCGUCGUCGGGGGCGACCCAGGGGGAGUUGCUGACACUGACCAUGGUGAAGGGUAUGGACGGUUUUGGCUUCACUAUAGCGGACAGCGCCACGGGCCAGCGCGUUAAACAGGUUCUGGAGCCUCAGGGCUGCCCGGGCCUGUGUGAGGGAGAUCUGAUCGUGGAGAUUAACAAGCAGCCGGUUCAGGGAUUCUCACACACCCAGGUGGUGGAGCUGCUCAAGGAGUGUGCUGUUGGAGCUGAGACCAGCCUGGUGGUUCAGAGAGGAGGAACAGGUCACUAUUCACCCUGGAAGACCCCUAAGCAGGUGCUGGAGCAGUGGGAGUCCCAGCAGGGCCAGAGCAGCCCUGCUCAGACCAGCCUGUCGGCCCCCGUUAUCCCCCACAGCGCCCCCUUCCCAACACACCAUCUCCACAGGGCCUCGGUCCCAGACUCAGCCUCCGAGGCCUUGGCCCUGGCUAAACCAGACCCCUAUGACCUUUAUGAGAAGUCCAGGGCUAUCUAUGAGAGUAGGCAACCGGGCCAACCAAGGACUGUUUUUCCUGUGGACUCCUCAGGAGCGGAGUACCAGGACAUCGAGGUCCACCUGCGCAGGCAGAAGUCAGGGUUCGGGUUCCGGGUGCUGGGCGGGGACGAGGCCGGGCAGCCUGUGAGUCCGGAGACGCGUGAGAAGAUCCUGAUCGGGGCGAUCAUCGAGAAGAGUCCGGCAGACCUGGACGGACGCUUGCGGCCCGGCGAUGAGCUGCUGUUCGUGGACGGGAUCCCAGUGGUGGGGAAGCCGCACAGAUACGUCAUCGACCUGAUGCACGGGGCGGCGCGUAACGGCCAGGUCAACCUGGUCAUCAGGAGGAGGGUCCCGGCAGGUGAGUCCUGUCCGGAGAACGGCCGCAGCCCGGGCUCCGUCUCCACGCAGCACAGCUCCCCGCGCAGCGACUUCACAUAUGGCAACAGCACCAGCGCUACCCAGGCACCCAACACCUGCAUGGGCAACACGGCCACUUCAGACGGGACGUCGACCCCCAACGCUCAGCCCAGUGAUGUCAUCAUCAAUCGGAAGGAGAGCGAAGGAUUCGGCUUCGUCAUCAUCAGCUCGCUCAACCGGCCAGAGGCAGCCGCCACUAACACCGUGCCACAUAAAAUUGGCCGCAUCAUCGAGGGCAGCCCGGCCGACCGCUGCGGGAAGCUGAAGGUGGGAGACAGGAUAUUGGCAGUGAACAGCCAGUCCAUCGUCAACAUGCCCCACGCCGACAUCGUUAAGCUGAUCAAAGACGCGGGCCUCAGCGUCACCCUGAGGAUCAUACCGCAGGAAGAGAUCAGUAAUCCCCCCUCAGCCCCCAGCUCAGAGAAGCAGAGCCCCAUGGCCCAGCAGCACAGCCCGAAGACCCAGCCCAGCAUGGCAGCCUCCCAGCCCAACCCAGCAGUGACGGAACCAAACCCCUCCGUGAGCCAACCCAACCCCAUCCCCCACCAGAGCCCCGUGACCCAGCUGCCCGCCCCUCCGCCUCAGACCUACACCCACGAGAGCAGUUACAGGUCAGAGGUGAAGGCGAGGCAAGACGUUAAACCGGACAUCCGACAGCCGCCGUUCACAGACUACCGACAGCCGCCGGUGGACUACCGGCACCCGCCUGUGGCAGACUACCGGCAGCCGCCCACGCUGGACUACAGACACCCGCCGCUGCUCGACUACAGGCAGCUAGCUACUGACGCCAGGCAGUUCGCCAUCCCAGACUACAGGAUGCCACCAGUUCAACUUUCACAGGACUUUGACUUCUUCACGGUGGAGCUGGAGAAAAGUGUGAAGGGCUUCGGUUUCAGCAUCCGCGGAGGGCGGGAGUACAAGAUGGACCUGUUUGUCCUACGACUGGCAGAGGACGGACCGGCGAUCCGCAACGGCAGGAUGAGGGUCGGGGACCAGAUCAUUGAGAUCAAUGGAGAGAGCACCCGGGACAUGACCCACGCCAGGGCGAUCGAGCUGAUCAAGUCUGGAGGCCGGCGUGUUCGUCUGCUCCUAAAGAGGGGCACGGGGCAGGUCCCAGAGUACGACAAUGCCGCCCCAUGGGAUGCUCGCCCUUCAGCCUCCCCAAGCCUGUCGGAAGUAGCCCCUCCCAUCGACAGCCUUUCCAUGUCAUCGCCUUCAUCUCAUCUGGCCCCGGCCCCCGACCCACCUCACCUGCUGCCUCUGGACGUCCCUCGAGACCUGGUGGCACGAGACAGCAGGACAGAGCGUUCGAAGAGCCCCCAGAAGGCCGAGCUGCUAAACCCAGAUCCGAUCAGCCAGGGGAGGAGAGCGGCUACAACCGGCGGGAGCGGCAGAGCAAAGAAAGAGGGUGGCAGGUCCACCCGCAAGGGGCACAGGGUGCAGCCCACUGCUGAGGGGGAAGGGGGCAAGGAGGGGCAGAGUGGGGAGCCCAAACCUUCCAGGAGCACUAGAGGGAGGUCCAAGGAGAGAAACACUGGGGACAACAGAGAAUGCGCCCACUCUCCCAGCAGCUCCAAGCUCCCACACACUAACGGAAACAGCAGGGAUGAUGUGGGGCGUUACAGCGGCGGGCGGCAGCAGCAGCAGCAGCAGGUGGAGCCGGAGCAGGGCAAGCCCAGGUCCAGGGAACUGGACCGGAGCCUGGGAGAGAGCCGGCCCAGCCUGCCCAACAAGAGCACCAGCAGCAGCAGCAUCAGCAGCAGCGCAGCGGGGAGGAAGGCCACGGUCUCUCCUGGGCCUUGGAAGAUCCCUGGAUCAGACAAGCUGCCCAGCACGCUGCGCACAGGCACGUCCACGCUGAGCAGAUAACACCACAGCUCCAGCUGAAAACAGUGGCCACACUCAUCUGAACUAAACCACCCCAUCCGGAUGAAACCACCAUCCUCACACCUUCCUGUGCUCCUUUAUCUCCCCCUCAAACCCGUUCUCCCAUGGACCAGAGUCAAAACCAAGGAGGUGGGGGAGCAGGGUGAUCUGGACCACGUGUUUUUAGAAUUUUAUUUAUGAUACUGUACUCUAAAUUAUUUUGAGAAAUAUUUUACACCCACCACCUUAAGAACUGGUAAAUCAUCCACUUUUUGAAAAAAAAAAAAAAAAAAUGGAAAAGCAAGUAGAAUGUGUGUGUAGCGUGGCGGGGAAUCAUUCUGGAGGGUACAAACUCUGAGGAACUCUAUUUUGAGUUCUCCCUGAGCAGAACUGGGGGACAAACAUGCAAAUAUAAACAACAUGACAGGGAGCAACUGUCAGUUGUCAUUGAACUUUUUUUUAUAUAUAUAUAUCUACACAAUGGAGUCUAUUUUAUGAAAAGGAAUGUUAAAAAGAAGGUCUGCCUGUUUUUGACAAGAGCGAAUGGGACACAGAGUGACAGCAGAGAUGAAACUUAUCAACAGAACUUUGCCUUAACAGAGACUGUGUGGGCCUGAAUCUGUCUUGAAUAAUCUAUCAGAUGAUUAUAGACAUAGAUAUAUUAUAAUGAAUAUGAAUAUGUGGGAUCAUUUUGUAAAUAAGAUCAUCUUUAAGCGAACAGAACCUUAUAGCUGAGCCGAUGGAAAAUCUAGUCCAUGAUUAGACGAGCGAGGCGAAGCGGGGCGACGAGGACCAGAACUUUCACCCACACCGACUUCCUCCCUCUUCUUCUUCACUCCAGUUCAGCCCUGUGAUUGCAGUUUAGGGUCUCGCCAGGCCCGCUGCGGUUGACUGCACGGUCUAUUUGCGCUCGAAUCAACCCGAGUUCAGCAGGGGGUCUCGUGUCAAUCCAUUUUUCUCAUUUCUGUGCUUAACGAACAAAGCAAUCCGCGACGGUGGCGGUGUCCAGCCGGAUGCUGAGAGAAGGAGCUCACAUGAUACCGACCGAGGGGCAGAGUGCCUUAGACUGACAGAGAGGUUGGCUUUUAAAGUCAAAGGUUCAACUCCAAAACACUUUAGAGGGUUCGAAACAGGCUGCUAUAAAACACCAACUCUACACAUAUAAAUAAUAAACUGUAUUUUUUCAGAGUGUGAUAAGGUGAAAUACAUAAUUUAAUUCACAAGUUUAUGUAUGAAAAUUAGUCCAUUACCAGAGGUAUUGAUGGUCCUUAUUUGUGCAAGUAGUUCGUUUUGGGUCACGAUACUUUUCAUUACUGAUUUCUUAAUGAGGUCUGACACUAGUAAUUUCCAUGAAGAAUCGCUUGGUGUAAUGAUCGAAUGUCAGCGCAGGGCAGAGCUUUGAACCCAAACCAAACUGAAUUAGUACAAUCUGAUAUUGAGUCGUCAAACUAUCAGUCUCACUUGUCAAAAGCUCGCUCGCCUAACAGUCUGUGACCUGAAUGAAAGAACGGCCUCGAUUUGAAAAUCUAACUUUUCUAUUAUUUCCAGACCGGCUUGAAGAGGUUGCACUUGUCACAGCCACUGUCAGCUGCUGAAUUUCAUUAGUUUUUAGGUGACUCUGUCUACACUGUGUUAUUAAGAAGUACAUGUCCUCGCCAAAGCUCCCCGUAUGUUUUUUUUUAGUUUACGUAUCUGCUCCAGACUUUGUCUCAUAGUGCUGGCUAUGCGCUUGUACAUUUUUAAACAAAAACAAUUGCUACCGUUUGCUAAGCCCUGCCAUCUUUUCUUACUGUUGCUAGGUUUCCAUUCUUGCACGGUACAUUUGCAGUUUACGUUUCUCAAUUAUCUUUGAAACAGUGGGUCCUGGAUUUCAGACAACAGCAACCUGGCUUGUACUUUCUGGGCAGUAACGGACAGUUUUGGCUAAAAUGAUAACUGUUGCUAGCAGAUUUUAUCCGCUAUAGCUAUCUAGCAAAUUAAGCUAACAUUUGCUCCUCAAAAUGGGUGAAAAAGCUGACUCCAGUUUAAUAACAAGAACCUUGUAAAAUGUGUUUCAAACAGGAAGUUGAUGGCUGCAUAUGAUGCUAAACAACUAGAGGAGAUAUAAAAGAUAUAAAGAAACAGCAUUAGUGUUGUAUUGCAGUGUAAAGAAAGUCCUAGCAUUGUAUGAAUGUUGAUAAGAAUGUAAGAAAAGGUUUAGGAUGGAAACUAACAAACGUUACGAGGUUAGCGAACAUAAUGCUAACAAUGGUUGGAGUUGCUGGAGUGUAAACUUGACUUUACCCUGCUAACAUUAGGUAGUAAAGUAGUUAGCUGGACAUGCUAACAAAUGCAUCUCACACUAGAGCAGAUAAUCACACUUGAUUCCUUUCAAACUCUUAAUACAGAGUGUUGAUGUUUCCACGGCCCCAUGAACAGCACUUUGACAUGUGGAGCAAUCCAGAGUUCGACAGGCCUGCCGUGCCUGCGGACCUAAAGUUGCUAAGCUAUGAUUGAAUCCCUGUUUGGGGGAAGGGGUUUAAUGAACAGUCAAUUUUUUGAGAUCUACAAAUCUUAACCUGGCAUCUGAAUCUUCUUUACAGACAUGUUAUUUCUGAGUGAUAUAUAUUUCUUCAAAAUGAGUCAACAUUUAACAGAAAAAAAAGAAUCACAAUUCUGGAUAAUACCAUAACAAAAGUUUCUUCUCCUUCCUCUGCUGAGGGAAAGGCCGACGGUGUUCAAAGCAUAAAAGAGCAAAGGAAGACAAGUCAUUAUGUUUGCCAUUGUAAUCUGUAAUUACACGAGGAAUAAGCAGACUGACUUUAAAGCACAAUCUCAACACAGAGGGUUUGGGAUAUUAAUUAUUAUGUCGGAGAAAAUCAUCAGCCUGGCACAAACGGCUCAGCUCUUCAAUCACUUGUAGAUGGUACGCAGCGUGAACAUCACAAAACAAGCCCCAAACUUAAAUUUAACAUUUGUUAGACUGAAGGGAGAAGAUGCUGCCUGCAUACUGCAUCGUCACGCCCAUUUGAGCGGACUGCUCCUUUAUUUAGUGACUCCUGUUUGACGCAGGAACAAAAAUAUGUGCGUACGUUUUGCUCAGCCUUUGCACAACUCACUGCUUUCCACGUCUGAGCUGUCUCCACUGAACCAAAUUGUAAGUAGUUUUGUAUGGAAAGCAAAAAAAAAAAAAGAACAAAAAACAAAGACAUCUAGAGGUGUAUUUGCAAAGUGUGUGUUGCAACAACGGCACAUGCUGCACCAUAAACCUAACACCCAAGCGGCUCAGUAUCACUGUGUAGUGCUAUAGCAGUGUGUAGACCCUGAACAAAUAUCUCUAUAAAUAUGACUCAGUGUACUAUUGAUGGUCACAAAGACUGUAAGUGGAGCAACUAUUUUUAUGAAAUGCAACGCUAUGGAUAUAUUAACUUUUGCAAAAAUCUUGUUUACCUGUAAGAUAUUCUGAAACGCUGUCAAAAUAAAAGAAAAUCUUGACACAACGUGAAAGAUUCA